AUGGCUGUCACAUCACCACGUUAUCAGAAACUGUGCAAGGACAUUCAGACAGAUGUUGAUACCCAGACUGAUCUUUCUAAAAGGGCUCUGGGGGGUCAGAUCCCGAAUACCAUGGCACAAGAGCUUGAUAAGUUUGGAGAUCUGGACCACAUUCAUAUAGCCUCGAGAAGAGAGUGUUUCGAGGCCGGUGCGGAGAAAUGGACAGGACUCAUAGCCAUCCUUGAAGAGCUUUGGUUCUGGGUAAAGCUGAAAGAUGAGGAGCUGACAAGGCAGAGGCCGGUGGGAGAAGAUGUACAUACUUUACUGCAGAAACAAGGCUACUGUACGGCCUUGCACAGUGAGCUGACUGGACGGAGACAGGAUAUGAAUCAGACAUGUCUGUCUCUGGCUGUUCAACCUACAACAAUGGAAGUCCAGAGCAAUAUAGAGACGGCUUCAGCAGAGACAGUCCAGGAGGAGAAGAUUCGUCAGCUGGCUCAAGCGGUUCAGGACCAGGCCUUUGAGGUUCAGCAGCACUGGGAGCGGUUCAGUACUCAGGCCGCCAGCUGGCAGCACGAGGUUGACUGGGCUCUGGGGAAACUUCAGGACCUCCAACAAGCCAUGAACCAACUGGACCUAGGCCUGGCUGAGAUGGAGAAUGAGAGCUGGCACUCUGAGGAACACAGCAUGGCCAACUGUGUGCUGGAGAACGUGGAAAAUAUUGGGAUUGUGGGUAAUCAGCACCAGCAGUUGCAAUGCUCUCAAACGGAUAAGAGACAUUUCUCCCAUGACUUCUUGUCUGUUUCCGUUCAGUUCCCUUGGCAAAGAGCUGUUUUUCAUAACGGCGUUCCUUAUUAUAUCAAUCAUGAGCAGCAGACCACCUCGUGGGAUCAUCCAAAGAUGACACAGUUAUUUCAAACAAUGGCUGAUCUGAGCCAUGUGCGUUUCUCCGCUUACCGCACAGCGAUGAAGAGCCGCCGGCUACAGAAAGCCCUUUGCUGUGAGUGA